AUGUCUUCCACGGAACCAGAACCGAGCAUCCAGGCGCUAUCACUGGCAUCAAUCAACGAAUGCAAGUUCGGUUUCGUCAGUGAGGGAGGGGCCAAUGUUGUCUUCGAGGUUCUCGUAGAGCCCGGGAGCGAAUACAGCAGCAUUUUUCAAGGUCAAUUGUUGCGGGUUCCAAAGGCAGGGACAAAGGCACACAGCUACUCGGAGCUCCAGGAGUACUGGGAGACGAUCGUGAGGCCGCUGUUUCGGCCGGAAGACCUGGUCCAGCAGCGACUCAUCAAGCUCGAGGGCCGAGAGUUGGCCGCGCGUCUCAACCACGUCUUGGAACGGGAGGAAGCCUCUCGGCGAGCCGACUUCAAGGGGAGCCGGGUCGCCGAGACCGAGUACGGCAUGUUGGUGGAGGACAUGCGCAAGACGUCCAACGACGACGACGACGACGAUCUCUCGGGCGCCGGCAGGUUCCAGCUGGCCAUGACGCUGCGCGACUGCGCCUGCUUCCUGCGGGUCCCCGCCGACCCGGGCUCGCCCGUCGAGGCGAAACUGGGCGACCUGGACAAGAAGAACGGGGCGGCCAAGUUGGGAUACUGGCAGCGGGUGGAGAAGAGGCUGAUCGAGGGCGGGUACUAUGCCGGCAGGGAGGUGGAGGGCGUCGAGGUGAAUUGUCGACUUGCGAGGGACGGGGAAUUAGCGUACCGCGAGGGAGGAAUGGGGAGCAUCUAG